UGAAUCAGCUUGAGCAGGCCAUUGAAUAUUCAAGCCGGACUCAUGGGUUGGCUUAACUCAAAUUCAGCUCUAUUAAAUGGUGUCAUGGUGAAAUAAACAGUAUCAUUGAAGGGGGAUACGAGUAAAACUAGAGCUGAGCUUUUGAGCUGAAGCUCCAGCUAAAAUUUGACUAGAUUUGAGCCAGAACACCAAGUCGGCUCGGCUUGGAUCCAGCCCAAGUUGGUUUGGUCCAUUCCAAACAUCUUUAUUUAAUUCUUAUGCUGCAAAUGGGAACAAUAAAAUAUAUAACAAUAUUAAUGGGUGGAGCUUUCGGAAAGUUUUAGUUCAGUUUUCUUGGUUCCUGGAGGAUUGAAUAUUCCUGAAAGAUCAUUAUAUGGAAGGGAAGGUGAUAAUUGUUGCCGUUGAUGCAAGUAAAGAAAUCACUGAUUAUGCCCUGGAAUGGGCUGUUUGGAAUGUGAUUAAAGUCAUGGAUACUCUUGUUCUUCUUGCUGUUCUUCCAGGAUCAUGCGGCCGUCGUCCGGCUUCCAGGAGCCAGCAGGCUCAUCAGUUUCUAUCUGGCUUAUUAAAGAAAUGGGGUUUUCUGCAGAAUAGAGCCGAGCCCGGGAAUCCGUCAAGCAUCACCAGAGCGCUUGAACAGGAGGCCUUGCAGAGAAUAAAUAAAGUCUGUGAGCACAUGUUGCUGCAGCAACUACGCUCAGCCCACAAUGUCAAGAAGGUGCACACAGAAGUAAAAGUUAUAGGUGAUGCAGAGCUGGGCUCGGUUGCCGCUCAUGCCAAAGAACUUGAAGCAACCUGGGUCAUUCUCGAUAGGCGCUUGAAGAAAGAAGGAGACUUCUGUCUCAAGCAAUUAGCCUGCAAUGUGGUUCUGAUAGACCAUGCUAUCCCGAGAAUCCUGAGAGCAGUUAAUCCGAUGACAGUGAAAAAUCUUUAUGCAAGUGAUGAAGAUGAAAGUGAUCCGACUGUUGCUGAUAUGCUUGGAGUCAGUCUGCCUAAAAAUGCUGCAACUGAUAACACUAGUUCAAGCACUCUCAGCUCUGGAAGUCCAAAUUUCUUCACAGAUGGUUCCUUUUCUCCCAAGAAGUCGAAAACUGGCCGCCGGGGCCGGUUGUUUCUUCAUACCAAGUCCCACCAGGAACAUGAAGCUGAUGAUCAAGUCACAUUGAGCAAUUCUGCUUCUCAUAGUAAAUCUCAACAAUUGAACAUUAAGGCAUCAAGUUUUGAUGUUCUCGAGCUUGACUCACCUGGAAAAUUUGCAGCAAACUCCUUGGAUAGAAAAAUAAAAAGCUAUAGUGGCCCUUUGAAGACAAAAAGUGAAAUGACAGAUUUCGAUAGUGUCAAGGCAAUGAAGGCACCACCCAAGGCCAAGUAUCAAGCCCGACGAUCAAUAGAUUCACGUCACUUGCAGCAAAAACCUGAGGCCCUGCAAAAGCAAUCAUAUGAUCAACUCAUAACAAGAAGUGCACUUGAAUCAUCACCAACUUCUUCAAUUAUAGAUAGAACCUCAAGCAUUCGAAAAGCGAUGUCAAUUUCCAUCAAACAUCCACCCAUGCCACCACCCCUUUGUUCAAUUUGCAAGCACAAUGCUCCUAUUUUCGGCAAAGCACCAAGGAAAUUCAGCUAUGAAGAGAUUGCAAGAGCAACAGGAGGUUUCGUGAGCGAGAAUUUCUUGGCUGAGGGUGGAUAUGGCACGAUAUAUCGGGGAGUAUUGCCUGAUGGGCAGGUUGUUGCAGUGAAGCAACAUAAGAUGUUGAGUGCACAAGGAGCCUCCGAAUUUGUGUCUGAGGUUGAGGUAUUGAGCUGUGCACAACACAGAAAUUUGGUGAUGUUGGUUGGCUAUUGCAUUGACACAGAAUGGCUUCUGAUAUACGAGUUUGCUUGCAAUGGUUCCUUAGACAAGCAUUUAUAUGGGGGAGAGAGUGAUGAGGUGAUGUCUUGGAAGAACAGGAUGAAGGUUGCAAAGGGAGCAGCUAGGGGUCUGAUAUAUCUUCAUGAAGAUUGCAGAGUGGGUUGUAUUGUACAUAGAGAUUUUAGACCUAAGAACAUCCUCCUCACCCAUGACUUCAGACCAAUGGUGGGAGACUUUGGUUUGGCAAGGUGGCAGGCCGAUGGACAGUUAGCAGAGGAGACUCGUGUCAUAGGUGCAUUUGGGUAUUUAGCUCCAGAAUACACUCAGAGUGGGCUCAUAACAGAGAAAGCUGAUGUAUAUGCAUUCGGAGUUGUUUUGUUGGAGCUAUUAAGUGGCAUCAAAGCAACUGAUUUUUCAAGAAACACAGGAAAACAAUUUGCAAUGGAUUGGGGGAAAACAUUGCUAGAAAAGAAAAUGGUGAGUGAAAUAAUAGACCCUAGAUUGGAUCAAAGUUAUGUGAAGAAGGAAGUUGAAUGCAUGAUGUAUGCAGCUAGCUUAUGCAUUUCUUCUAUUCCAGAACAAAGACCUACCAUGUCUAAGGCACUUAAAAUAUUAGAAGGAGAUAUAGCUGGUGACCAUAUGGCUUACAAUUUACCUGGACAUUACACUCCUAAUUACCCAAAAAAAUACAUAAACGACAUCUAUGGCAAAGACACUCCAAUUUGCUGGACACCAAGCGCUAAAAUCCCCCAAAAUUUACAGGUUCAAGCCAAGAACAAAAUGAAUCUGAGUCCUUCCAGAUUGAUCAUGCCAUUGACAGCAUCAGAAGAACUUAAAGUGGCAAGUGAUGGAAGGGAUUUGAGGGAGUCUGAUCUGGUUUUCAGUGAAGAAUAUCAAGAAUAUUUACAAGGGUCACUGUCCAAGUUUAUUGAAAAUUUGAAGGACGAAUGAAAAGCUUUCUGAAGAAGCAAUAAGACGGGGAAAGAAACUUGUACAUAUUUAGUUUUCAUUGUUUUGACAUACAUUUUUAAUAGGUUGAAGCAUUUUGUUUGUAGCUUCUGUAUAGAAUAUUGUAUAUUGCUUGUACAUGAGCGGUUCUAGCUUUAAGUUUGUAUCUGAAGUGAGGUAAAUCUGAUUCAGGAUUGCAGCUGUUGUAGAGUGGUGACCCGAAUUCUGUAAUGAGUUAUUUGAAUUCAGGAAGUGGUGGUCCGAAAUGUGAAUUUCAAGGAGGGUAGUGGAGGGAUCGAUAGGCCCAAUCCGGUAGCCCCCCAUUUAUCUGAUAUGGGAAUGGGAGCUUCUGGAAGUGGUGGUCCGAAAUACACAGGUUCAUAUAGUCUAAUUGCUGCUUGUUACUGUGCAUAGCAAGUCGUUGACUUUUUUUGGGAUCUAGAAUUAGUACUAAGAAUGGAUUCAAGCUAAAUUGAGUUAAAGUUAAAGUUCGGAUUGACUUGAAAAAGUUGAGUGCGAGUUUGACUACAAGAUAAAGCUAAACUCAACUUGGUAUUAUAGUCGAGUCAAAAUUGGCCGUAACGACGUUAUUGUGAUGUAUAUCAAUCA